AUGCCUCCAGAAAGCAGAGGGAGUCAAGUUCCUUCGGGCUUCCAAUCCAGAAUUAGCUCGAAUCUACCGACUCUGCGAUCGCUCGAGGGUCGCGAACAUGAAACCCACACGCCCUCGUCCCUCCCGUCUGCAGGAUCGCGCCCGGGGAUGACUUCUCGCUCUCCGGUCUCGAGUAGCGCUGUUUCUGAGGCGGCGUCUGAUAGUCAGGACGAAGAUGAGGACCCAAUUGCAUGGGCGGAGUCCGAGAGCGAGAGCGAAAGCUCAGAGGAAGCAGAGGGGAACCCGCCUACCACGCGAACACUAUAUACAUCACGGUCACACAGUCAACUGCCACGGCAGACAGCGACCGCGCUCUUCCCGCCCUUCUACAACCGACCGCCAACCCCUCUACCACCCUCCCCGUCCUUGACAUCGCUGCUCCGCCCCUCCUUCAGCGCCGCAACCUCACGCCCCUCUACACCAGAUUCCUCCGAUGUAGACAUUCCCAUACCACGCGGGGCCUCUGCCUACAGCGCAAGCAAGCCCGCCUCCAGCACCACGAACCUCGCCAACUCAGCGCGGCUUGCGCCGACCGUCCCUCGGGCGUCGCCGAAGGUCCCCACAUACGAAUACUAUGGCUUCGCGCUGUACUUGGGCAGCUCGGCCGCGUUUCUCAUGUACAUUUUGUGGGCGUAUGUGCCAGCGCCGAUGCUGCAUCAGAUGGGCAUACACUACUACCCGAAUCGCUGGUGGGCGCUCGCCGUGCCGUGUUGGCUCGUCGUUCUAGUCAUCUACAUAUACGUCGCGCUCGCGAGCUACAACACGCGCUAUCUCACGCUCCCGCUCAGCAGCAUUGAGAAUCUCGUUGACGAAUGCGCGCAAGUCGCUGUUGUAGAUAGGAAGACUGGCGAGAUCGUACGAGAUCCCGUUCUAGUUACGGACAAGCUGCAUGAGAAGGAUAAAGAAAAGGGAACAGGGGCUGGUGCGCUCGCGAGCCGCAAGAGCUCCUUCUCUGCAUAUCAGUUCGGCGCCGAUGAGUGUGUGGACUGGAAGGCCUUCUGGAGUACGGGCACGGACGCCGUCAUGGAUGUGCCAAUGGGCGGGGUGUGUGAGAUUCUGUAUGGGAGCCAUGACUGA